AUGUCACCACCUUAUUCCCCAAAAUCCGCCACCAUAGGCCUCACACCCACGCACCCAAUCGAUACACCCCUCACCACAAUCUUCAUGCUCCUCUUCCUCCUCUCCUCCAUCAUCCACAUGUCUCUCCUCCAAAUAAACUUCCGUCGCGGCCAAAAAUUCCUCAUGUCCGGCAUGGCCUUCGGAUUUUCCUUUUCCCGCGUCAUCACAUGCGCUCUUCGUAUCAUCUGGGCAUCCUACCCCUCCAACAUCCGUCUCGCGCUCGCGGCCCAAGUUUUCGUCGCUGCAGGCACUAUAUUGUUAUAUCUCAUCAAUAUCAUUUUCACAAGUCGAUUAUUGAGGGCAUAUCAUCCAUGGGCAUGGAAAUAUUCGGUCCGGACUUGUUUUCGCGUAGGGUAUGUGAGUUUAGUCGCAGGAUUGAUCACAAAUAUAUCGGUUCUUGUCGAGAAUUUCUUUACACUAGAUCCACAUGUUUUGUGGAUCGAUCGGAUCGUAACACUAGUCGUUAGCACAUAUUUCGCCAUCUUCGCGUUCGUCCCAAUUUCACUCCUAGCCUUACGACUGCUUCUCCCUCGGAACCAGGUGGAAAAAUUCGGGACCGGAAAAUUAAGAACGAAGGUUCGAUUGGUGCUGGGAACAUCGGUAUUACUUACUCUCGGGGCGGCUUUCAGAGCCGGAACGGCAUAUGUACCGAGAAGCAUUGAUGAUCCGGCUUGGUAUCAUAGUAAAGCAUGUUUUUAUAUCUUUAAUUUUGGGAUUGAGAUUGUGGUGCUCUUUUUGUUUGCGAUUAUGAGGGUGGAUAGGAGGUUUAUCGUUCCGAACCGAACGAAGAUGCAGGGAGAUUUCAGCAAAGGGGGACUAGGAGGGAUACCAGUGAAAGGCAAAGAAGGUGCGAGAGAAGUUAGGUGGGAGUGGAUGAGGGGCUUCAAGGGAGAAUGGAGGGAGUGGAGUGUUGAAGGGGAUGAUGAGAUGUUUUCGGAGAGGAAUAUCAAGACUGGGGAUGGGGAGGCUGAUGCAGAAACAGCGGUGGGUAGUAACGCUAGUGGAGAAAUUACGCCUGAAGCAGCGGGAAGUCGAGAGAAUGUUGAUAUCGAUGUUGAGAAAGGUAGUAAAUAA